AUGCAGAAUUAUUUAUUACAUCAAACGCAACCUAUGAAUAAUGAAAACCAAGAUGAUAUUACAGAUUUUGGAAAUAUAUUUCUCGGCUAUUCAAAAUAGAAAUCGAAAAAAAUCACAAUCGUAGAUUCACCAGAAAAUCAAAAUAAUUUUAAUAAUUUCUUUAAUAGCCAUAUUACCUAAGAAUAAUAAAGGUAUCAAAGAGAUGAAUAAAAAAACAACUCCAAUUUAUAAUAAUAUUAAGAUGGUUCUAUUUAAUUUAAUAAAUAUAUGGUAUCUGAAGUUGUGAGCAAUUAAAAUUUUGGUUAAAUACCUUUAGAAACUAUUUAUAAUUAAAAUUUCUACCCUAAUAAUUUUUCAGAUAAUAUUUCUCAAAAUAAUUGUCAAUAAUCUAAUAAAAUUUCUCCAGAUUUUUAAAGUAUUAAUUUUUAUAAUCGUGAUUUUGAAUACAAAGAAUGUGUCGUAGCUUAAUAAUAACCACCUUAAAUAGAUUAAAUAGACAUGAAUUUAGACUAAAGAUUUUAUAAAAAUGAAAUAUGUCCAUAUUUAUUACCAAUAAAAGGAUAUAAUUUAUAAUAAGAUGGAGUAAAUGAUUAUUAUUUUGUAGAUGAUUGAUGAAGGAUGGUAGAUUUUAUGUAAAUUUGAAAAUUCUCAUUUUGAAGAACCCGAUGAAUUAAAUCAUUCAUAACCUCAAGAAUCUAAUGAUUUAAUUGAUUAAGAUGAAGGACAAAUUAAGAAAAAAUAAAGAAGAGGAAAUAGAAAAAAUAAAAAAAAGAAAUAAUUUGACACUUAAUAAUAACAAGAAGGUGAAUAAUAAGUAAUUCAAUAAAAUUAAGAGACUGAUUAAAUUACAAACAAUUCAUUUUUUAAUGGACAAUUAGAUGAACUUGAUGAUGCUGUGAGUGAUGAAUUUAAAAUGGAUCUUACAAAUUUCUAAGAAAGAAUACAAUAAUCGAAAUUUAGUUUAACUUAAACAAUUUAUGGCAAGAAAUCAAAAUCUAUUCGAAUUAUUGAAAUUGAAGAUUAUGAAAAUUAAAUUUAAAAAUUGUGUUAAUAAUUUCCUAAUCGAAAAUACUCUGAAAUUGCAUUAGCAUUAUAAUUAAUAGUUAAUUUUGAAAAUUGUUUUGAAUUUUUACAAACUGUGAAAUCCAAAGUAGAAAAACCAAUUUUAAGAGAAAUAAAUUAAUUAAUGGUAAGUGAACAAAAAGCCAUCGAGAGUGGAAACAAUAAUGAAUUAAACUAAUCAUAAUACAAAAUAAAUGAAUUUAAAAAAACUAAUAAAAUUAUUAUAAUUGAAGAACAAUCACUGUAUCAAACAGCCAUUAAAAUUAUAGAGCAAAAAAACUAUAAGUUCGAUAUCAAAAAGGUAUUUUAUAAUAACAUAUUUUAGUGUGAUAAAUAAACUAAAGAAAAAAAGAAAGCUGAUUUUGAAUAAAAUAGAAACGAAGUUAUUGCUAUUAAUAAUUAAAAAGCAAAAGUAGUUUAGUAAUAUUAAAGUAAUAUUAUGAUAAAUUAAAGCUUGUUAUAUAAAUGAACAGUAGUGUAAUCAGUAAUUAAAAUAAAUAAAAGUUGAAAAGUAAAAGCUUGAAAAAAUUGGUAAGAAUUUAUUUCUUGAUUUAAUGGAAAUUGAAAAUGGGUUUUGCAGAAUUGAUUUUCAUGGAUUUUUUGCUUGUGAAAUCGAAAAUAUAUUGGAUGGUGUAUUUGAUAAAAUUGAAUCAUAUAAACUUUGUAAUAAAUAAUAGUAGAUAAAAUUGUAAAUAAUAGUAGGCAAAGGUUUUAUUAUUUGUAUAAUAUUUUAGGAUUACAUUCAAAAAAUAAUAAACCUAUCAUCGGUCCAAUGACAAAAUAGUAUAUAUAAUAGUACCUUUAGCUACAAGUCGAAAUUAAAGAAGGAAAAAUCGAUGUAAUUGUAUGAGUCUUCGUAUUAAUUAAA